GCGCGGCUCACAGACGGACGGCGGACCGCUGCGACCGGCGAUGGCGACCGCGAUGGCAGCGACGGCGGCGGAGCGGGCGGUGCUGGAGGAGGAGUUCCGCUGGCUGCUGCACGCCGAGGUGCACGCCGUGCUGAGGCAGCUGCAGGACAUCCUCAAGGAGGCCUCUCUCCGCUUCACUCUUCCUGGCUCGGGCACUGAGGGACCUGCCAAGCAGGAGAACUUCAUCCUGGGCAGCUGUGGCACAGACCAGGUGAAGGGUGUGCUGACUCUGCAAGGAGAUGCCCUCAGCCAGGCGGACGUGAACCUGAAGAUGCCCCGGAACAAUCAGCUGCUGCAUUUGGCCUUCAGAGAGGACAAGCAGUGGAAGCUACAGCAGAUCCAGGAUGCCAGGAACCACGUGAGCCAAGCCAUUUACCUCCUUGCCAACCGGGAUGAGAACUACCAGUUCAAGACAGGGGCUGAAGUCCUCAAGCUCAUGGACGCUGUGAUGCUGCAGCUGACCCGAGCUCGAAACCGGCUUACCACCCCCGCCACCCUCACCCUGCCUGAGAUCGCUGCCAGCGGCCUCACGAGGAUGUUCGCCCCCAGCCUGCCGUCCGACCUGCUGGUCAACGUCUACGUCAACCUCAACAAGCUCUGCCUCACGGUGUACCAGCUGCACGCCCUACAGCCCAGCUCCACCAAGAACUUCCGCCCUGCCGGAGGCUCCGUGCUCCACAGCCCCGGGGCCAUGUUCGAGUGGGGCGCCCAGCGCUUGGAGGUGAGCCACGUGCACAAGGUGGAGUGCGUGGUGCCCUGGCUCAACGACGCCCUGGUCUACUUCACUGUCUCCCUGCAGCUCUGCCAGCAGCUCAAGGACAAGAUCUCCGUGUUCUCCAGCUACUGGAGCUACAGACCCUUCUGAGCAGGGCGCCCAGGAGCCUGUCCCGAGAGCGGCCCUCCCCAAACUCACUCCUCCCGUGGUACCCGCCUGAUCCGGGCACCCUGGGCAUUCCCCCACACCCCCCAUUUGCACGCUGGGAAGAACGCUGGCAGUGGGGCUGGGAAGGUGGCCUGGGGUGUCUGCACCCCAGGCCCAGGGCUGCAGCUGCCUCUGGGACGAUGAGGGGCAGCCCAGCCCAUUUGGCAGAGGGUGGCAGGAAGGAAGAAGGCCAGCAGGCAGAAGCUGCCCCCUGAACACACUCUCUAGUGCCCUGACGUCGCUCUGCAACCCCGCUGGUGAUCUCUGAGAAAUAAAGGUCAUCAGACUUUA